AGGGGGGAUAUAUUCAGAAGUCUCUAUUUUUAAUGUGUUUUAAAGACAUCUUGCAAAAGGGGGGCCUCGGUCAAAUGUUAAUGCCAUUUGGGGGGAAUUGCCCUGGAAAAGUUUGGGAACCACUGGUAUAGAGCUCCGUUUUACACACAGCAGCUUCUCUCAGACAGUGGGUGGAACCUUCCGCGCAGGUGAGUGACUACCGGCUCUAAGGGGGCGUGGCUUAGCGAAUUGAUAAAGCGUCUCUUUAUUUGAAUGCUGGUGUUAAGGCUGGUUUGCUGCUUCUCUGCUGCGAUGCUUGUCGGUUAAAACGUCUGGGGUUUUUUGGCUCUAGGUUACAUUGGAUUGUUCCAGUUCUGCUAACCUGGAUCCUGCGAAUCAUCCACUCAUUCGGAGCUGAAGUGGGCCUACUUGGGGUAUCCAACCCAUAAUUUCUAAUGGAUGGUGUUGCCAUGUCCAUCGAACCUUCUCUUUUUUCUCCACCGCCCCCUCCUCCUCCACCACCUCCACCACCUCCACCCAUCACAGGAAGCGAACCGUUCUCUCGCAGUGUUCACCGGCGCUCCAAGAUGCGCAGCUUCAACUGGGACACCAUUCCAAGGCAUAGCGUGGUGGGGAAGCGCAACGUCUGGACAUCACAGAAGAAGCUGGAGGAUAUUCCACUGGACACCAAGCGCAUUGAGGAACUGUUUAGCCACAGUGAACGUCAGCAGAUACCAACCAAGCAUGGCACCGUCAAGAAGAGUGUGUGGGGCCUGCAGACCACCAGUCCUGAGUCAGAGAUUGUCUCGAUCCUUAACUCGAAGAGAAGUAUGAAUAUUGGGAUUCUCCUUAAGCAGUUUAAAAGGCCAAUUCAGGACAUUGUUGAGGACAUCAGUGAGGGAAACAUGCGAUUUGCUGCUGGUGGACUGAGAGAGCUGAGCAAGCUGCUGCCUGAUGAUGUUGAGGUGAAGAAGCUGUUGUCAUUCCAUGGUGAUGCGUCUCAGCUUGCAGAGGCAGACCGCUUCUUCCUGAUGCUGGUAAAUGUUCCAGGAUAUGAAGAAAGACUGAAAAGCUUGCUCCUCAGAGAGGAGUUCAUGCCCUUUAUAGAGGAGAUGAGAAAAUCCAUUUCCAUCAUGACUGCAGCAGCUAAUGAGCUGCUGGAGUGUGAUGAUCUACACUCUAUAAUUAGACUCGUGCUCAAAGCUGGAAACUACAUGAAUGCUGAUGGCUACGCUGGUCGUGCGUUAGGUUUCAGAAUGGCUUCUCUCCUGAGGCUUGUGGACACCAAAGCUAACAAACCUGGCAUGAACCUUAUGCACUAUGUGGCUAUGCAAGCUCAACAGAUAGACUGCGCCUUAUUAAAGUUUACAGAACAGCUUCAACACAUCGGUGAUGCGUCGAGAAUUCAAAAACAUGAAGUCGAAACAGACUUCAAGAGAGAAAUGGCAAAAGCUAAAGAAGCCAAGGCCUAUGCCAGCAUGCAGCCUGAUCUGCAACAUCAAAUGGACGAGUUCCUUCAAAUGGCCACAAGUCAGCUUGCAGACAUGGAGGCCUCUCUAAGGGAGCUGGAUUCAAUCAGUCACUCAGUGGCUGAGUAUUUCUGUGAAGACCCUGCUACCUUUAAGCUGGAGGAAUGCUGCUCAAUCUUCCACUCUUUCUGUGAGAAGUUUGAGAGAGCUGUAAAGGAAAAUACAGAACGAGAGGCAGCGGAGAGGCGCCGAAGGCAGCAGAGGGAAAGAGAGAAACUGAGCCGGGUAGUCAAGCGCCGUUCAGUUGGCACCUGCUCUAGGCAAAGCUCAGAACAGGAGGCCUUGGAGUCCAUCCUCACCAGCUUCCUGAGCAACCGUCCUUCCCGCAGAAGACAACCCUCAUCCAACAGAGAAAGUCCAACAGAGAUACUGGAUAAAAACCACCCACUGGCCGAAAGGUCUUGCAUAGCUCUGGAUAGUUCUGUUAAUAUGGACAAAAAGGAUACAAGUGUUUUACUUCAAGAUCAGGACCAGAGCUUCCAGAUAAUCCUUGAAAUUCCUGCCAAGACGGAACAAAACGAGGAGCAGGACAAGAGCUGUCUGACAGCCCAGGAUAGCCCUGUAAAGGUAGAGACUGUUGUCUCUCAUCAUGAAAAACAGGAAGAGAAAUGCUUAAACGCAGUAAAAAUCUCCUGUGACAUGAAUGUACAGGGUACACCAGCUGGUCCAAAAAGAGCACCAUGCAUAGAAGACAAAGCAACUCCAAAGAGCAGCAAAAUAAACCGUCGUAGGAGCAUAAUUGAAAGACUAUGUAGUGAUGAGCAGGAGAAGAAGAACGAAGAUGCAGAUCGAACACAGGAGGACUUCGUGACGGAGCCACACCGGAUUAGAUGCCCCAUUCCAGAUGUUUCCUCUCCUCAUCACAGAGGAAUACAAGAGGUGGAUUUGGCCCUUCAGAAUGGCUUUGGAUCACCUUGGACUGUUCUCAGUCCUCACAUCUCACCCUCGCGCAUGCGGCGCCGCAGGCAUUCCUUUGGUUCCACUAAAGAUGAAGAAUCAGAGGAUGGAGUGUGGGCACUGCCUGAUACGCCCUCAAAGGGCCCUCUACUAGCACACAUGUGCAGGUCAUAUGAGCACAGCAUGUCUACCUCUGUGAUUAGUAGUGUGGGUAUUAGAGAUUCUCCAUUGCAAGGCACAUCAGCGCACGGAACUCUAUUAAGGUCUGCUUCGGUGGGCGAAAACCCUGAAUCCAUACCCAGCUUUCGUUUCGGUGCUUUCUUCCCAAGACGCCGUGGACGGGAAAUCAAAAGACAAGAGCCAUCGUCACUGAGGUCCUUCUUCCAGCGAUUUGGGGAAAGAGGAAGGCCUGCUUCUAUAGGAGACUCGUGCAAAGCGGAAACUUGAAUUUUUGCUCCGUUCUGUGUUUUGUGUGUGUGGUUUUACAUUAAUUUUUUUUUCUCCCAGUUUUUAAAAGGAUUUAGGAUUGUGCGCUCUUACGCAUUGCACAAUGAACACUGUAACCCAAGACAAAUAUGGACUUGUUUUGGAGUGUGGUCAUUGUGGCAUUAAAUGAAUCCUGUCCACAAAAGUGAUUUUAUUAUUUAUUUUUACUCCUUUUUUUAAUUUAAAGAAACCUCAUAUGUUUUAGCUCUUUUUUUUUUUUUUUAUGCACUUUAAAAUUCCUGCUGAGGAUCUAUCCUCAAUAUUAACCAAACACUUGUUUGUUUGUUCCAUUAUUUUAUGUUUUUUGUUGUAUAUUUUUGUAUAAUAAAGUGUGGCAUUCCACCUUAAUAUUUGAAGGUAUAUUUUUCGCACAUCUUUCCUGCUUGCACAAUUUACAUAUCACAUUUUUGGAAUGUCAUAUCCGGUAUAAAAAGUGAUUAAAUCCCUUUUUUUGCCACUUGCUGACAUUCUGAAAAUGUCUUUUUAAAUAUCGUUGUACAUGUGAGAUGAUGAGCAUUCAACUCAAGAACAUCUUGGGCUUUGUCCUCCAAAUACAGGGGCUAUAUUCUACCCAAGUCUUUGUACUGCUUAAUAGCUGUCGGGGUUUCUUUUGGUUUGGUCUAAAGUAUUUUAUCGUUCCACACAACAGUUGAGGAUUGUUUUGCUGCAUGUUCUGGUCCUUGCUGUGACCUCUCGACAGGGCUUAAUAUAUAACUUUCCUCCUUCCAUCUUUUAUUUCUAGUUUGCCUUUUCUUCCCCCCCCCCCCAGUUUCUCUGCUGUUGUGAGGUUGAAACAGGGUGCACUUGUCCUGUUUCCUUGGUGACAGAGUUGUUUACAGCAUGAUCUCAUUUGGCUAGUGGCACAGUGAAAUAAUACCCGUUUAGGAAAAAAAAGUGGCCCCACACACUCACGCACUCUUCUUUUGUUACAGUUCAGUGCCUGUUCUUUCAUACUUU